AAGCGGUGCAUUUCUAUUCUUGCAUUCUCCGUUGUUUGCGCAUGUUCGCCGCUGCUUCGUUGCUUACACACCUUCUCCGCUCUCCGUCGCUUGUCUAUGCUCUCCGCUACUCCGCUGUCGCAGCUACGUGCAUUGCCCUUCAAUCUUGCUGCUCUCUCUUAUGCUCUCGGGUUGUGUGAUUUAAAUCAGCUAAUCAACUGAUUAACUUUGAACUGCUGCUGUGCGUAAGCAACUCGCGAGCGUUUGUGAUCGCGGUUUUGACGCGGUUUCCGUGGUGCGCUUCACUUUAAGCUGCUGCUGUGCUUAAGCAACUAGCGCGCGUCUGUGAUCGCGAGUUUGACGCGUUUUGUCUUGCUUUGAACUGCUGCUGUGCUUAAGCAAACCGCGCGCGUUUGUAGUCGCGAUUUGAUGCGUUUUUCUUGCUGCGCUGCACAGUAAAUUUGAUACACAAAGUGAGCAAUUGCCAGUUAGCACAAGUGCGGUUAACGGCUAAAAAUGGAAAACUCGAUAAACGAGCAAGCGACUACUGUCGAAAAUCGCGCGCGGUUUUUCAAGCGGAAGGUUUUAUCGCUUUAUGAUAGCCUUGUGAGACUCGAUGCGUCACUUUCUGAAGUUAAGCUAGCUGCGUUUAAUUCAUCUGAAUUAGCAGUACGGUUGGAGCUAUUAGAACGUGCUCAAGCUUCAUUUGACUUAGCUCAGAAUGCUCUAGAGGAGAUCGACUAUAAUGAGAUCGGUAGUGAAACGCGGGACAAUUUCGAUGAGCGUUUUCUUGAAGUGAAAUCGCGUGUUCGGACGCAUUUUGACAGUCGUGAGCGUCAAUUGAUUGGGUCGCCCACAUCGCGGCGUGAUGAGACCAUCGAUCCUUCGGCUAAUGGCCUCGGUGCCCGCGCUAAUAGACGUCGUCUACCCGAGCUCAAACUUCCCACGUUCGGUGGAGAUUAUAAGGAGGUGCGUCCAAACACAAUACCCGACUUGAAGGUGGAUGCCACAUUCCGCCAGGUGCCGAAGCAUGCGUUAACCUUUGAGCUGUGGAAGAUCGACGAGGUUCGCCUAGAAGCCGUUGCUCGAGCACAAUAUGGAACAUUCUACGACAACUGUGCGUACAUCAUUUAUGCAUCGAGUUUAGUGGGACACUAUGCGAAUCACGAGACCAUCACACGCGAGCAAAAGCCGAAUGUGCCGUUGGAGCGUUACAUACAUUAUUGGCUGGGCAGCAAUAUCAGCGAACAGAAUCGCUCGAAUGUUGUGCACAAGAUUCAGGAGCUGGACUCGUAUCUAGGCAAUGUGGCGUCCAUUUAUCGCGAGACGCAGAAUCACGAAAGCGCACGCUUUCUCUCCUACUUCAAGAAGGGCUACGAUGUACUCUCUGGCGCCUUGAUCAACUCGGUUCAAAAGGUGCGCCUCUUUCAGCUGUACGGUCGCAAGUGGCUGCAUGCUAUUGAGCUGGCUGAGAUUGAGUGGUCACACUUCAAUUCGGAUUACAUCAUGGUGCUGCAGAUGGAGGCCAUCACCUUUGUGUGGAUUGGACGCUCGAGUGCCUCGAUUGAGCGUCGAAGUGCGGUCGCCUGGGUGCAGCGACAGCGUGGCAAGGAUUCUGGCACUAUUUGUAUCGUUGGCGAUGGCUACGAGCAGUCGAUGAGUGCGGAGCACAAGCAGGCAUGGAAUAUGGUGUUGCCACUGCAGCAACGUCGUGUCUUUCAAUCCAAUCAGCAGCUGGACAGCAACAGCUAUGACUCCAAGAUUAAUGACGAUAUCAAUGGCAGCAGCAACAAGUUUCGCAUUUACAAGUGCAAUCAACGUGGGCGAUUGCAUCUCGAUCAACUGCACGUGGGCAUGCCCAGCAAGGAUGAUCUAAGCGAUGCGCAUGGCGUCUAUCUGCUCGACAACUAUGGUCAAAGCAUUUGGCUGUGGGUUGGCGCCCAAGCCACUCAAGCGGAUGCUCUCACGGCCAUGGGCAAUGGGCGUGCAUUUGUGAAGAAAAAGAAGUAUGCAAACAGCACGCUCGUGGUGCGUGUGCUCGAGGGACAGGAACCCGUGGAGUUUAAGCGUUUGUUUGGCAACUGGCUGACGGUGUGGCAGGAUAGCACACGAGGCCACAAGCCUGUUUCCAUCAAGUUUGGCAAAUUUGGAUGCUUUCUGCUGUGCGAACUCCCCAAGAUGGCAGCGGACACACAGUUGGUGGACGAUGGACGUGGCGAGCGUGUUUUGUAUCGCAUCUUUGGCGAUCAACUGGUCGAGCUGCCGGCCACCAAAGUGACGUUCUUCACCACCAACUCCUCCUAUGUGGUCAAGUACACCGUUCAGUGUGCCACCGUUGUGGCCGCUGAUCUGGCCAGUGUGGGCGUCAAGAGUAUCAUCUACCAGCGUAACGGUUCGGAGGCAUCUGCGGAGACAAUUGCCAAGGCAGAUAACUUUGCCAUGGCUAUUUUCGAGUCGAUGCAAGGUGCGGAGGCGAUGUUUGUGCAGCUCUACGAGUUCAAUGAGACGCCACAUUUCUUGCAGCUCUUCGAGGGCAAACUGAUCAUAAUGCGAGGUCAACGCAGCGAGCUGCUGCGCUCCAAUAACAAUCACAAUUGGGACUUCAAGACCAAUAUUAUGCUGGAGACCUUUUUGCUGAAGAUCUAUGGCGAUGCCAGCUACAACUCCAAGGCUGUCGAAGAGCAUCCAUUGUCAGCGAUCAGCUCCAAGGAUUGCUAUAAUAUUAAUAGUCGUCCAUUCCUAUCCAUUUCAGAGAGUCCUGACGAUUUGGAUGUGCUGACUCCCGCUCAUCUAUUGUUUGGUGGUCCUCCAACCGUGAUUCUAGAGCCCGACCUAACUAUGCUGGACUACAAUCGGUUGGAUGGUUGGCAGCGUGUCACUCAGUUGCAGCAGGUCUUCUGGAAACGAUGGCGGGAGGAGUAUCUGACUCUUCUCCAGCAAAGAUCGAAGUGGCGCACUUCUGAUCGUCGUCUCCAAGUCAACGACUUGGUCUUGGUGAAGGACGAAAACUUGCCUCCUCUUCGGUGGCCGCUAGCCCGUGUCAUGGCGCUCAUCCCUGGCAAGGACGGCGAGUGUCGAGUUGCCGACUUAAAGACGACGUGUGGCAGCACCGGAGAGCCAUAA